AUGCCUUCUACCCGUAUCCAAUCCGUUGCCGUUCAGUCAAGCACCCAGCCUAGCACCGUUCACCACAACCAGAGUAAUCCAGCAGCCGACGUCGACAGGGACGUGUCCUCGAUCCUCAAGGCGGUGCGGGCCUUCGAGCAUAACCGCCAGCGAGCGAAGAAAGCAGAGGACCAUGCCAGAACCAAGGUGAAGAAGGAGAGGAGCAAGAUCCUGCCCGAGCCUGUGAAGAGCACCGGUGGCAAGGCAGGCGCGGGGGGGAAGGGGUCGAGGAAGACAAAGCCUAUCGGCACGUGGGACGAAGCGGACGUGGUGGUCGGCGCUGAGGACGCAACCGUCGUGUCUUCGCCUGCGAAGUCGUGGGCUGCGAACCUGAUAAGGCCCGAGAAGACGGAAGUCAAGCUUGCGGACUUGAUCAGUGCGAACCGCAAGUCGUCCAGGCCCCGAGACUCUGACUUCGAGAUGAUACCCCACGUCCCGUCCGUCAUCGUCCUCGACGACACCUUCCUUAUUGAAGAGGAAACGUCCAACGCGGGUCCUGACGAACCUUGGGAACACAUCCUCAGCGUCGAGGACGAGGAUGCGAAGGCCAAUGCUCCUUCCUACGCCCAGGUGGUGUCGCAAUCGCAGUAAAUCACAUUCAUAUUCAUGCAGAAGCAGGGGCCGCCUGGCAGUAGUCAACGCGGAUGGACUCAUCUAUGGUAUGGGACUUCAGAUAAUCUUGGACGAUUGACCGGAGGGAGGACAGGAUCGGGAGGAUAAUGGACUGAUGAUAAUGCAGAGAUACAACUAAUAGCAAUGUACAAGUUAACGCCCCUAUGACCAUGUAACAUGAUAUACACAUACCUAUGAUUUUGUAUAGAUGCCCUCCGAG